CUCGACCCCAGUGACUAGCUGGAUGAAACAGAGACAACAUGGCAAUGAUAGUCUUGCUGCUCCUGGUGAUGGCUUCUCACUCCAUCGGUAUGCCUCUACCUUCCGAGGACACAGACAAUUGGUUAUUAGCUGAGAGAUAUCUGCGCCGCCUCUAUGACCUUCCAGCUGGUCUUCUUGGGAAUCAGAAGUCUUCAGAUGCCAUGCGGACGAAGAUAAAGGAGAUGCAGAAUUUUUUCAAACUUAAGGUGACGGGGAAUCUAGACGACAACACUUUGGAGCUGAUGAAAUUGGCCAGGUGUGGUGUCCCAGAUGUUGGGGAAUACAACCUCUUCCCCAGAAACCUCAAAUGGAAAAAUACCAAUCUGACAUUCAGGAUAGUAAAUUAUACGCCUGAUCUGAAGAAGGCUGAUGUAGACAGAGCCGUCCGCAAUGCAUUUAAUGUAUGGGCGGCUGUCACUCCUCUGACCUUCAAGAAAAUCCAUAAGGGCAACGCUGACAUUAUGAUAAGUUUUGGCAGAAAAGAGCAUGGAGACCACAACCCUUUCGAUGGGCCUAACGGACUUCUGGCCCAUGCCUAUCCGCCUGGCAAGGACAUUGGUGGAGACACACACUUUGAUGAGGACGAACUCUGGUCCAAAGAUUCAACAUCUUAUAAUCUCUUUCUAGUGGCGAGCCAUGAAUUCGGUCACGCCCUUGGCUUGGCCCAUUCCUCAGACCCAGGUGCCCUCAUGUACCCAAUCUACUCUUAUGCCAGAGGUUACCCAUUGGCUGAAGAUGACAUUGAAGGCAUUCAAGCUCUCUAUGGCCCAAACCCCGAGCACAGGAAAGUGAAGCCAAAGCCUGAUGCACCAGAAAAAUGUGACCCCAUGUUGAGUUUUGAUGCUGUCACAGAGCUCCGAGGGGAAACCAUUAUUUUCAAAGACAGAUUCUACUGGCGUCUUCACCCCCAGAUGGUGGAGCCUGAGCAGACACUGAUCAAAUCCACAUGGCCCUCCAUCCCCAAUAAAGUGGACGCCGCUUACGAGAAUCCAGAAAAGGACCUGGUCUUCAUAUUUAGUGGCAUCCGUAUGUGGGCUCUGAAUGGAUAUAACCUCGUGGAGGGCUACCCAAAGUAUAUCCACAAACUCGGCCUUCCCAAAUCCAUAAGGAAAGUUGAUGCUGCAGUGCACAUCAGAGACACAGGGAAAACGCUGCUCUUUACUGAGGAGGAUUAUUGGAGCUAUGAUGAAAAGACUGGCACAAUGGAUGAUGGCUACCCAAGAUCCAUCGAAACAGAUUUUCCUGGUAUGAAAGAUGAGGUGGACGCAGCCGCUUAUCACUACGGAUACUUGUAUUUCUUCCAUGAACAUUUGCAGUUUGAGUACAGCUACACCUCCAAGAAGGUCAUACGUAUUCUGAGAACAAACUCCAUUCUUAACUGCUAAUAAAAGUGGUCUGAAACUGG